UGUAAAUUACAAUUUUCUUCGUGUGCCCUACACUGUACACGUAAUCGUUAGUUGGUAGAAUCAUAUAUCGCAAUAUUUGAUAUAGAAAUUUUCUUUGAAUUUUCUCUUGUUUUAAGAUUUUUGUAUAUUUAAAUUUCAUUAACUCGAGUAUCUCAAGACACGGAAAACCUUCAAGAAAUUAAUGCUGCAUUAAUAUGGCUGGACAAAUCGUUUUACGUAUUGAAUCUCCAGAUGGAACAAAAAGAAUUCAAUUGUCUCCAACACAAUCAAGUUACGACUUAUUUGAAAAAGUUCACGAUGCAUUUUCUCUCACCAAUUAUAAUUUUACAUUGUUUAACGAUCGGGCUCGAAAAAAUGAAAUCAAGUCCUCUAGAAGUGUUUACAUGAAUAGUUUAAACCUUAAACAUGGUGAUAAGGUAUAUUUGUCUCCAUUAGACUCUGAAAAUGUGUGGGCCAUCCCAGGACCAUCAAAAGCAGAUACAGCUAAUGGAAGUCGUUCAUCUUCAGCUGUAUCCACUCCAGGGUCUAGUACAUCAUUACCGUCAAUUGGAAACAAAAGUUCAUUAUCAACAAGCCAAGUUGAUGAAGAUGAAAUAGAUAAACAACUUUGGAAGAUGGAUGGCAAAAUUAAACGUCUAAAAGAUAAAAAAUAUUGCCGUCAUGGAGAUAAUGGAUGUUGUGUUCAUUGCUCACCAUUAGAACCAUAUGAUGAAGAGUACCUUAAAACGCAAAACAUGAAACAUUUAUCUUUUCAUUCCUAUCUCCGAAAAAUGACUGCAGGAGUAGCGAAAGGAAAAUUCUUGUUGUUAGAAAAUAUAAGUUGUCGCAUUAAAGAUGGUUGUACAGGUCAUUUACCUUGGCCAAAAGGUAUAUGUUCAAAAUGUCAGCCUUCGGCCAUCACGCUGAAUAGACAAAGUUAUAGACAUGUAGACAAUAUAAUGUUUGAGAACUCAGAUAUAGUUGAACGAUUUUUGAAUUACUGGCGGACAACUGGACAUCAGCGUAUUGGAUUUUUAUAUGGACGUUAUGAAUCACACCCAGAUAUUCCACUUGGUAUAAGAGCUGUAGUUGCAGCAAUUUAUGAACCUCCUCAAGAAAGUUCUAGAGAUCAUGUUAAAUUAAUGUCAGAUGAAAAACAAGAGUUAGUCAAUGAAAUGGCUCGAUGCCUAGGGUUGGCUUGUGUUGGAUGGAUAUUUACAGACCUUAUUACUGAAGAUAUGCAAAAAGGAACUGUAAAACAUGUGAGAAAUAUAAAGAGUCAUUUUCUUUCUGCUCAAGAAUGUAUAAUGGCUGGAUAUUUCCAAAAUUUACAUCCGAAUCCUUGCCGGUAUGCUUCUAAUGGGUAUUUUGGUUCAAAGUUUGUCACUGUAUGUGUUACAGGUGAUGAAAAAUGUCAAGUUCACAUGGAAGGAUAUAGUGUAUCCAAUCAAUGUAUGGCAUUAGUAAAAGAUAACUGUUUAGUGCCUACAAAAGAUGUACCAGAAUUAGGAUUUGUGCGAGAAUCCUCUGACAAACAGUAUGUUCCUGAUGUCUACUAUAAGGAAAAAGACAAUUACGGUAAUGAAGUAUCCAAGUUAGCCCGUCCACUGCCAGUGGAGUACUUAUUAUUAGACGUACCCGCCUCCACGCCGCUCACACCAUUAAACACAUUUAUGUCACUGCCGGACAUCCAAAAGUUUCCUGUUGAAAACCGAUUAAUCGACGGACACAUUCAGGACUUCGAUGCGUUAGCCAGAUAUCUGAGGCAGUUUACUCCCUUACAAUUUGGAGAGGCCGUCGCGGAUUUCCACCUGCUUUUGUACAUAGCUACUAUGGAAAUGCUACCUAUGAAGGACUCCAUGGCACCACUGCUGGAAGCAUUGAAAACUAAAGACAUGCUAGCAAUGAAUGAAUGGUCAAAGUCUGAUGUAUGGGCAACGCUGGAACAGCUGAUAAGCAACUCGGCCGAUGCCGCUGUAUCCGGUCAUAUGGGCAACGGUUUCGCAUCUGCCCAAACGGAAACGUGGACUUGCGCCCACUGCACUUUUCUCAACAAUUCUGAACGGCAGUCUUGCGACAUAUGUCGACUGCCCAGAGAUAUUAAUUAGUGAUAUUAUUAACUCGUAUCUCAUGCACAAAAUUAAAGAAAAAAUAAAUGUCUUUAUAUAUAUAUUUUUUUUUUAUGUGUUGUUUGUUUAAAUUAUGAAGAAGAAAAAAAUCGGAUAAUAUUGUAUAAAGAAACUACUUUUGUUAUUUUAUAUAGAUCAUAAAACAUAUAUAUAUAUAUUAUAAACAAGUAUGGAUAACCUAAAACUUACGACAUCUACCCACCAGUUAAGGCAUUUUCCAACUUUUCAUAUUUUUUUCCCCUAAUUUCACUAGAAAUGCAUAGUUAUUUUUAUUUUGUAUUGGUAUUUUAUAAUAAUUGAUUUUUCAUUAAAAAAAGACGAAAAACAAUAAUACAAUUGUACAAAAUUAAAUGUAUUUUGUUUAUUUUUCCGUUAA